UUUUUUUAGGUUUCUUUAUAGUUCUAGCCAUACUAAAUGCGCUGUCAAGUAUUAAGACGCUACAGUGAAGCAAAUGCAGUGAGAAAACUAAUGGGUCAUGUAUCAAAAAUAUACCAGUUGAGCAGUUGGUCGUUACUAAAGGUGUUCAACCACUUGAUUUACAUGAGUUUCACACUGUAAUAGAUACUGGUUUGCAAAUGUGAGGAGUGCAAAUGUCAGUGAGUACCUAACAGAUGUUUAACCAAAUAUCUGCAUGUGGAAGGCAGUGCAUAUCUUAAAACUUUCAUUAAUCCUACAAGAUAAGAAGUUCCAUGCAAAGCACGUGUAAAUUAGCUGAAAAGCGUAGUAGAUGCUGACACACACAGCUUUUUCUCCUCACAUCAAUGCUGAAGCUUCAUAGUGGACACUUCUUCAGCAAUGGGCUGCAAGGACUGCUGCGGGGUUUGCCUCCAAUGUCUCUUUGGUUAUGAAACCAAUGUAAUGCUGGUUAUUAAUAACAAAGCUUUGGGAGCCCUCUUCAGACUGAUCCAGCUGUUAAUCAUCAGCUAUGUUGCUGUCUAUGUCUGCUGGAUUCAGCGUGCUUACCAGGAGACGGAUUCAGUGAUCAGCUCCGUCAGCACAAAGGUGAAAGGAAACUUUCUGACUAAUUCAUCCACUGAGGGUGUUCAUGUUUGGGACGUGCCUGAAUACGUUGUCCCACCCCAGGGAGAAAACUCUUUCUUUGUUGUAACAAAUGUGAUUCUGACUCCAGGCCAGACACAGAGCAAGUGUCCCGAGAUUCCAAGUGAAUCCACUAAGUGUGACUCUGACAGUGAUUGCGUAGCGGGACACAAUGACGUCCAUGCCGAUGGUGUUCAGACUGGACAUUGUGUGCAGUAUUCUGAUACCAUCAAAACCUGUGAGGUGCAGGCAUGGUGCCCGCUCGAAAAUGACGGUGUCAUUCCAAAACCAGCUAUUCUAGGUGCGGCAGAGGAUUUCACUGUGCUCGUCAAAAACAACAUACAAUAUCCAAAGUUCAAUUUUAAAAAGCGAAAUAUUUUGCAUCACAUCAACUCCACAUACUUAAAAAACUGCACCUUUGAUCGUAAAACAGACCCACACUGUCCUAUUUUUCGUCUGGGAAACAUGGUAAAAGAGGCAGGAGAGGACUUCAGCGUCAUGGCUCUUAAAGGUGGUAUUAUUGGGAUUUUCGUUGACUGGAAUUGUGACUUGGACUUCCCAGAACGCUUCUGCAUUCCCAAGUAUUCUUUUAGCAGACUGGACAACAAAAAUCCCGAAAAUAAUGUUGCCCCUGGCUACAAUUUCCGAUAUGCAAAAUAUUUUAAAAACAAUGAAAACGUUGAAACACGGACAUUGAUAAAGGCCUUUGGAAUCCGCUUUGAUGUCAUUGUGUUUGGGAAGGCUGGUAAAUUCAAUAUUGUGCCCACUAUUGUCAAUCUUGGCGCCACUCUAGCCUUUCUUAGCUUGGUGGCUGCUGUUUGCGACUGGGUCAUGCUUACUUGUACGAAGGAUCGUGACUACUAUGCCAAACAUAAAUUUAUUCACGCAGACCAAAAAGGUGACAGCAUGCCACUGAGCUCCAUGGAGACAGGCUCAUACGGGACUCCAUGAUGGAGUGAACUGGACACUUUCACCAUGCUUAAAACAUGUAAAACUCAAUAUGUUUUGUGUAUAUAUAUAUACGUAUACACAAUUCACACACUACUCUUCAAAGGUUU